CCUUGAUAGACAGACAACUAAUCUCUAAGGAGACUUUAGUCCAUAAUUACUGUUUAUGCUUGRAAGUCAACAUUGUCCCCUACCGUUCAGCGUUACCGCGUAUUCAACCACAAUUGGACGGUGAAAAUUGAAUGAAUAUUCACAAGGAGUAGUCUGUUUUUUAAUCUUGCUAAGGACGACUGAGCUUAUCAAGGAGAUAGCUCUCUUAUCUUUGCUGUUGCCUUGAACUCUAAAAACAUUUCUUUGUUAAAAUAGUUAGCCAGCGUUGUACAAGUUUGAAUGAUGGCUGAGAGUAAGAAGAAAACUGUUGUUAUAGCCGUUGAUAAUGGUAAACACAGCGAACACGCUUUUGACUGGUACAUGGAAAAUCUGCACUCCGAAAAGGACCAUGUCAUAGUUUUCCAUUGUGAAGAUAUCCUGUACAAGCCAGCAGACCCAUACACAGAACAAACCCUUGAUUGGAAGCACAAAGAAGAAAAAUACCAUCGAAAYGAAGAGAAGUUUAUCUCAUACUACUACGAGAAGUGCAAAGCCGUAUGCUGUAAAUCCCCGCUCGAUGCAACAAUUCACGUCGAACACAAAAACCACGUGGCACAACGAAUUCGACAAUUUGCCUUAGAUAAAAAAGCUGCGUACGUAGUGAUUGGGUCAAGAGGACUGGGUCGUAUUCUACGAUCAUUGGUGUCAGCGGUUAGUGAUGACGUCGUACAUUAUAGUAAAAUCCCCGUGGUUGUGGUGCCUUUUCAUCAGGAAUGAURAGCUGUAAAAGUUUCAAUUAUUAAAUGAUGGCUUUUAAAAUGGCGCCGAGAUAUCAUUUACACAUCGCGGUGGUCUAUCAUAACGAGAAAAAAUGAAAUCUUCAACAUCUUUUACCAAAAAAGACAGAUAACGAUUGAUGACUCUUGGAGCGUCUAGUAUUUAUGUCAUUUGUAUACGUUUAAUACUCUUGAUAUCUGAUGGUGCGAAUAAAACGUUUACCAAUAUCUUGACUCGUAAGUCUACAGCCGAGACGUUCAUGUUUAUAAGGAUUUUAAACAAUUCAAUGAACUAUGUUGUCUUUUUUACAAUAAUUGUAUGUAAAUUUAAGCUAUGGAGUCUUACAAAAAAUACCAGAAUGCUUUGCUGUCGUUGCUUUAGUAAAUUAUGUGUUUUUAAUUAUUAUUUUUGAUUAUUGAUUUUCAAUUAUUAAUUUUGUUGUUGCUGUAAGUAAUUUUCAAUUAUAAAUUUUAUUUAUUUCGUGUUUUAUUGUUUAUUUUUAUUUGUGUAUUUUCAAUCGUUUGGAAAUAAGUAGAAUCUGAAUAAAUAAGCAGCAUCUGAUACCGUUUAGACCUUUUACCGAGCUCAAUUUAAUUCUCCCUAUUUUGAGUGCCUUCCUGAGUGAGUGUCACUCCUCACUGAAGAAAACCCUGGAUACGCCAUUAAUAUACAUAGAGUAUUAUGGUAGUUUUAGCCGAUCUCGCAUGAAACCGUUUGUGUUCAUAAAUGUGGUAUAUUAUUAAGUGUAGCCGUGGUUCUCCUCAAACGCGCAAACUUACAUUUCCCUAUGAUGUAAUGACGUCACAAUAUGUUUUUAUUAGGGAUGGAUGGCCAGAAACAGUGGAAAUUUUGACCUAUGCAUUAUGAAAAUAGAACUUUUGAUAUACACCUAUGUGCAAAAAGGUUGCUAUAGAGAAAUCUAACUUGUAUGCUUAAUUUCAAUAGAAAUAAUUAAAAACACAAGGAAAACCAA